AUUGGAGGAAACCCCGUGGAUUCGGUUAGAGCUUUGAGCGCUCGGAAGAGGACCGGACUCUCCUCCCAGCGGCAGCAGCCAGAGAGACGCGCAUUCCGCCCAGCCCGGGGACCCCGACCGCCAGCAGCUCUCCACCACAGAACCAUUAGCCAUGGAUAAAAACGAGCUGGUCCAGAAAGCCAAAUUGGCUGAGCAGGCAGAGAGGUACGAUGACAUGGCAGGCUGCAUGAAACGAGUGACGGAAGAAGGCGCUGAACUAUCCAAUGAGGAGAGGAACCUUCUCUCGGUGGCCUACAAAAAUGUAGUAGGUGCACGCCGGUCGUCCUGGAGAGUCGUCUCUAGUAUUGAGCAAAAGACAGAAGGCAGUGAUAAAAAACAGCUGAUGGCUCGGGAGUACAGAGAGAAGAUCGAGACCGAGCUGAGAGAUAUUUGUAACGAUGUGCUGUUACUUCUGGACAAACACUUGAUCGCCAAUGCAUCCCAACCAGAGAGUAAAGUCUUCUACUUGAAAAUGAAGGGAGACUACUACCGUUACUUGGCUGAAGUAGCUGCUGGAGACGAUAAAAAAACAAUUGUGGAGCAGUCUCAGCAGGCAUACCAGAAUGCUUUUGACAUCAGCAAAAUGGAGAUGCAACCAACACAUCCCAUAAGGCUGGGCUUGGCUCUGAACUUCUCUGUCUUCUAUUACGAGAUCCUGAACUCCCCGGAAAAGGCGUGCUCUCUGGCAAAAACCGCUUUUGAUGAAGCUAUUGCCGAACUCGAUACCCUGAGCGAAGAAUCAUACAAAGACAGCACAUUAAUAAUGCAAUUACUGAGAGACAAUCUGACAUUGUGGACCUCAGACAAUACAGGAGAGGAAGGUGACGGACCAGAAUGCCCUGAAAAUAAUUAAUCGGCCUUUCUUUUCUGUCUGCCUCAUUCUAAAAUUUCCACAAUAGACCAUUGUCAUCCUUACUGUCCCACACAUAGGUUUAUUUUUUUUAUUUUAUUUUUUUUGUUUACAAUUAUGAAAGGUUUAUGUUACUUCUAUUUGGAUUUCUAUAUUUCCCAUGUGGUUUGUGUUAAAUAGGGAGUAGGGCCAGUUAACAUUUUGGGGAGUCAAUUUUUUUUUCCAGCCUCAUAAUGUGACCAAUAUGGGGACUAUGGAAUUUUUAUACAGGUUUUAAAUGUUUGGCACAGUACUUCUGGUACAUUUGUAGGUUACCACAGGCCUAAUGUUUAAUCAAAUUCCCAUAUUUAAAGGUGACCAACUUGUGUAUUUCUGUAACUCCAAAAAAAAAGGGGGGGGCAUUUGGUUAGCGCUGUGGGUGGAGACCAUACACUCCUCCCUAUAGCACAGCCAUACAUAUUCAUUGAGUGAUUCCUGUGAUAGCCAAUCAAAAUUACGAGUGCAAAACGGUUCACAUUCCAUUCUCACAGUUUAGCUAACGUUUGCUUUUGUUUGUUGCUAUUCUCCAUUUUAUUUGUAUUUAAAUUGUUUAAAACGACCUAAGAUCAAAAAAAAGAGAAGUACUUGAUACAUUAAAGAUACGUACAUGCUUGGUAUCCCUAUAUAUAUCAAGCAUAGCCGAAAAAAAAGAAAACCCAUAUAUUUAACUUUUUAGUUUUAUUUUUUGUUUUUGAUACUUGCCUAACAUGCAUGUGGCUGUAAAAAUACAAUACAAUAUAGUUAGCAGGGGAAAUAACUUGAGAUGAUGGAUAGCUUUGUUUAAUGUCUUAUGAAAUUUUCAUGAACAAUCCAAGCAUAAUUGUUAAAGAACAUGUGUAAUAAGUUGAUGUAAGUGGAAUAAAAGUUUUAUGAAUGGACUUUUCAACUACUAAAA